UCUGAAGUUAUCUGUUGAUAACUCUGAGCUGAUAGAUCUAGGAAGAAACUGUCGCGUGCGGGGCCCAUCUCAACGUCUUUCCAAAGUCUGUGUAAAGGUUUGGUGGAAUGAAACUGGGGACCAUAUGACUAAUGUUUUCUUGUUCCAUGAAUUGUUGCCAUCAAAGAGGGACGAGAAGAUCAUCACUUGGCAACCGGAGAUAACUGACUGAUGACAGGUUAAUUUUGGCAAACGCUUCACCGAGUUUACAUGCUGUGAACCGAACAUCGGAGUAAUUCGGACUAGUCCAAGUAGCCGGCGGCGGCACCGGGUCUGAUAUAUAGCCGGUGGUGCCAAAAGUGAGCAGAUAGGGGAGAUUUGCGGUGUUUUGGGAGCUGAUGAGGCAUAUCACGACGCGGGAAUCCAACAUGAGAGGGUAACGACGUCUUGUUUGACUGCAGCGGUAAAUCAACCCCGGACGAGCCAUUACGUUAAAACAACUGCCGGACCAUGCAGAAUGAGGCAAGACAAGCUCACACAUAGUUUUCCAUUUGGUAAUGGGCUCAGAGGAACGCCCUUGGUCAGCUGGUAUGAGAUACUCGACUUCUAAGUGUAUUUCCAUGGUGAUUCUGUGUAUACUGUACUUUUCAAGCUCAAGGUUUCCUCUCAAGAUGGUGUUCAAAGCUGGCAUAUGUGGUUGUGCAGAAAAAUGUCUCUGAAGGCUGGGGGGUUCCUCUUUUCUUGAUUUAACUUAUCUUUUGCCAUUAUGUAUUUCUAUCUCCUCUGCUUUUCUAGAGAUAAGCUUGCUCAUCCAUUCAACUCUCACUGCCUUCAUCCUCACUCGCUCGGAUGUACAGUACACAGCAACACCAGACCCGGACCUAGACUCUGGACCCCAGGGUUGUUCAUGAUGUGGCCCAUUUCUUUCCUCGGCCGAGGAAAAAAGUGAGCUGGUCUUUGCCUGGGCAUUUGACAACGACGCCGCUGCCGAGAAAAUCCCCCAUUGCUCACGCUGGUCUUCGUCUACAUGACUGGGGCCAUGUAACGGCUCAGCAUUGGCCAUGAUUCAGGCAAGGCUGUGUUCCCGCCAAGUACCGUCCGUGUGUCUCUCUUUGACAUGUCGGAAAUUGGAAGCGACUUGAUAUUGGGGGAUAUGAUUUGCAGCAAGUGGAUAUCUCUUCAUGAGAGGGCUUAAGGUUUGAUGUUUCAGUCUGUUGAGUCAUUGAUUACUACGCCCCUAGUAUAUUUGCGUGCGAGGACAAGCAAAGAGCCACUCAAGUUGAGGGUAUGACAGCCCAAGUGCACAAGCAGAAACACGAAUGUCCCCAGAUGAUGCGUUCCCUUUGGUCGUUUGAUGUCGAGAUACGAAAUAUCUGUAUUGAAGUUCAGUACCUCCCUUCCUGGGCCAUGUUCCCCAAGUUCGAGAUUCCUGAUUCGGCACAUGCUCCGGGGGCUUCGAAUUUGGGGGGACGCCUCUUAGACACCAAUUGACAAGGCUUGUCCCGAAGUUGACGGAGGGGAACUUGGGGAUUGGAUCUGGAGAACGGGACCCUUUGACGGGAGAAGUCCUGGUCAGGUACUUUUGGCGUUGCGGGGAAUACCAUCAAGCCGGAUGUACUCUUUCUCUUUUCGUCCUUCUCACAUGCCUGUCUUUUUGCACUUUCAUGUCCCUUCUCCAAAACCCUCCAUGAUCAUUUAGUACAGUAGCAGCAACUCUGCUAUUUUUCUGCUCCUCUUUGCCUUUUUCCCCUUCUUCUUCCUUUUUCUCUCCUCAUUCACUUUCGGGUACUGCCCAGCCACAAAAGACACAGUUCAGGCAGCGGACGGCUAUCGCACCUCUUAAUUAUACUUUGAUAUAAAUAAGUUAUUCACGGCUGCGAAACCGGCCAUCGCGCCACUGUCGGGCGACUAGGUAGCUGAUUUUGGCCCAGUCGGUCGUUUUUUUAUUGAUGACGUCGAAUCUGAUAGGUCUGUUAGCUUAUCUCGCAUUUACCUGAGAGAAAAAAAGGACAAGGGCAAAGCCUCCAGCCCAGGUUCUACCGUCUACCACUGGCCUCUGCGCAUCCUUAUCAUCGUUGUUAUCAAUAUCAGUUGGUUGUUACACACAGCUUCUCCGGAUUAUCUCUUCUCCAAACAGAGAAGCCGAUACUGGAUCGAAUCAGGUCACAGCAGAGGGUAACUUGACGGCGCAUUGAGAUUCAGGACGCUACCCUGGCCCUACAUUUGCAUUUGCAUUUGCAUUUGCAUCUGCAUUCCAACCAAACCCAGUCUAAUCUAAUCCCCGGUUCCCCAGGCUUUGAUCCCCCGCCUGCAAGAGUCAAGACAUUUUGGCUGUGGGAGCACCAAAUCAGCCAGCCAGAGCACAGCUGACAGCUCACAACGGGCGUACCAAGGCAAGCAACUUUGUCAUUCAAUUUGCUUUGUUUCUUUUGUGCCGACCUGUUAUCGCCGUCGCCGACGAUCUGAACAGUACUGUACUUGAUCGUGCUCUGUCCUGUCUGUCUAGGCUUUCGCUUGUUGUGUCGCACCGCAUCAUCGCCGUACAAUUUCCGGGCUAUCGCUUCUACAACCUACAUAUAUACAUCUAAUAUUGGUUGCAGAGAGGGUAGGCGAAGAGAGGACAGCAGGACAAGACUAGGCAAGACAAGAGGGAAACGGGGGAAAAGAGAGGAGAAUUGACUCAACAAUAAGGACCGAGUUCGGUAUUUCUCAACCUGAUUAUCGUUCUCUUAGUCAAUACCCUCUCCCCGCUUGCAGAAGCCUUAUCAGAUAAACCAAAAAACACCCCUGGUCUGGGCUGUUUCUGUUUCUGUUUCUGUCACUGUCACUGUCACUUCUUCGCUGUCGACCGACUCGACUCCAUCGGCGCCCAUCUGCGCCCGCCAUCCCAAUCAUCCCAGCAAGUCCCUGACAUUGGAUCCCAGCAUCUUGGAUCCCACUCUUUGCCCUCGCUCGCGCUGGUUCCCGUCUUCCUUCGCCAACCACUUACACACUUUGUUUGCUCGCUCGGGCAUUUUCUUAUCUUUUUCCCUUCUCCUUCUUCUCAUCUUCCUUGCAUCACCUCGCCUCCCAUCCCAUCACAUCCCGUCUUCCGUUUCCCCAGAUUCUUAUCUCACACCAACCAUUGACUCGUGUCGUGUGUGUGACUCUAAUCAACUCAAUCAACUCGAUUUGGAUAACGUGGUUCUAUUAGCUAUCGUUACCUAUCAUCUCGCUUCUCAGUGGUCGUAGCUCUAACCGCAUUGCGUCACUGUCGACCCCGUGGGGCUUUAUCGCAUCCCAAAAAAAAACUAUCUCUCUAUCGUCACCACCACCCAUAUCGGAAAUCUUGCUGCACUGGCAUUGACCGGGCUGCAUUGUACCCCCGAGACGGGAGGCUGACAACUCAAAGAGCCACUGAGGCUCAACCUUCUUGCGCCCGUUUAUUGCAGGGCAACGGGCGCCUGUAAGGUAUUCUGGUGUAGCACAAUUCAAGCCCUAGGUUGUGCCCUGACAGCAACACACCCUCUGUUUGUAGGUGUUUUGCUCUGCUGAUAGCAGGCAGACCUGCGGCGUUAUCGAGGUUCCAUACAUUGUUCUGGAUCUAUCCGUACUUCUCCCACCAUGUCUCCCCAGUCCUCAGCCCCGGUCCAGAGGACGGCGCCUAUCGCCAUUGCUCCUAAACCUCCUCGGCCAGAGCCAUCUGCUUAUCGCCAGGACAGCUUCCAUAGGCUCGAGAUGGGUCACGGAGUCGCCAGCUCUGCACCCGUUGAGGGUUCAUCCUUCAACGCCUCCUCCAUCCCACCUUGUCUAUCAUGUCGGUACUCUCGCGUCAACUGCAUCCUUAACGACGACGACGACUGUUGCAUCCAGUGCCAAGCUGCGGGCUCCGAAUGUUCCCUUUCAUCCAGCCCUCAGUCCCGAAAAAGGAAGCUUCAUGGUGAGGCUAGUGACGAUAUUAUCGGGAAAAGAAGGUCAGAUCAAUUCCGAUAUCCCCAUCUCAUUCUCCAUAUCCAUAUUCUUCUCCAUAUUCAUGCCGCCGAGUCCUCCACACUCAUCCUGGCUUGAAUGCUCCACCAGGCCCCGUGCCUUUCCCAUGCGUCUAUCGUUUCCUUCUACACUCUUUCCCUUUCUCUGAUAACCUUCCACCUUACUCGUGUUCCUCCUUGCAUGCCUUUGUCUGACAUAUGAUUGGCCUCGUACAGUUCACCGGGUCUCGCAUCUAGGCGACGAAACCAUAACUCAAGCCUUUCCAGCACCGCCGCUAGCAGUUCGUUCCUGGAGGAGAUGGCCAAUGUUGGCGGCCCGACCAUGCUUAAACGUACGCUCGGCCUCCAGGAUGAUCGCUACAGCCAGUACAUUGGUCCUACUACAGACUUUGAACCUUCACUCAUCAACCUCUCCUCCUUUGAUCCCCAUGACGAAAGUCUACUAUCAAGAGGCACUCUUCGCAAAGUCAGCGAACACGAUACUUUCUUGAUGCUUCCUGACUCCAGCACUCCAGGACACGAACAUGUGACGCAAGACGCCGAUCAUGUCGAAUCCAUCGUGGCACCCCACGGCAGACGUCUCAUCGACAUAUACUUUCGAGUCGUGCACCCAGGAUUUCCUAUCAUCCAAAAACAUGUCUUCAUGGAAAAGUAUGAAAGAUCUUACCGAGAGUUUUCACCACCAUUACUAGCAGCUGUGUACAUCCUUGCCAUCAAUUGGUGGGACCAAAGUGAGGAACUGGCUGGUUUGCCACGACCCAAUGUUAGAGAGCUCGAGAGCAUCGUCCGUACAACUCUUGAUGAAGCCACUUUUCGACCCAAGCUUUCAACUAUUCAGGCCGGUCUACUUCUUUCCCAGAGGCCCGAGGGUGACCAGUGGGCCCCUACCGCCCAACUUGUUGCACUUGGUCAUGAAUUGGGGUUGCACUUGGAUUGUACUGGUUGGAAAAUACCACCGUGGGAGAAGGGCCUGAGAAAACGAUUGGCUUGGGCACUUUACAUGCAGGACAAAUGGGGUGCCCUCGUUCACGGGCGGCCAUCACACAUUUUUGCUACUAACUGGGGCGUUCAGCCUCUAACAGCAAAUGACUUUCCUGACGUCGAAUGGGACGAGAACGACCCGGAGGAGAAGCUCGAUAUUGAGAAGGGAAGGGUGUUGUUUACACGAGUGGUACAACUUUCGGAAAUACUCUCCGAAAUUCUGGACACUUUCUAUACUCUGCAAGCCAUGAACACGGUUGCAAAUGCAGGUAAACAAGGGACGCAGCUAGUUUUGUCGCUUGCGAAACCCAUUCAGCUCAAAUUGAAGGAGUGGUACGGAGGCCUACCGCAAUUGAUUCGCCUCGACUCUUCGUACUCUUCUCUUAACCCUUCAUCAAACAGGUUGUCGAGUAUUGGAUAUCUCCAUCUGGCAUACUUUGCGGCCGAAAUUACGCUCCAUAGACGAAUCAUCCGAUCAUUGGCUUCUCCGUCUAGCUCUGUCGACUCAUACGUGCAGCACAUCUGUCGCAGUGCCGCCAAAGCACGCCUCAUCUCUGCCAUGGACUUUGUCAACAGACUUGGACCCAACCAUUUGCGUUCGUUUUGGUACUUCGCUUCCAAGACUAACUUUGCAUUGAUUGGCACAUUUGGAUCUCUCCUUUGGGCAACAUCACCUGGGCGCGAGGAAGCGGAUUGGUAUCGAAGACGUUUGGGAGAGUAUAGAUGGACUCUCUCAGUUAGCUCGAAACCUGGGGAAGGCAAGGGUUUGACUGAGUUUGCCAUGACAAUGUUGGAUAUCUCCACGGGCCUGCUCAAGCAGCUCCCCGAAAAACCCUCCAUGAGUAGGAAUGGGAGUCAUGCGGACCUUUCGGUUUCCGCGCCACCCAUUUUCAGUGGUGGCAUUCUUGACAGCUUGGGCACCAGGCCCAGUGCGCCAGAAAUGAGCGCCAUGUAUAGUCCACGGACGGAUGAUGAGGAAGAAGAGGAGGAGAUAGACAGCAGUGACGAUGACAUGGAAGACUAUCCUACACGGAUGUAAGGAUUGGGGGAGAUACGGGAACAAGAUACACUUAAAAGAGGAAGUUCCCGAGAUUCAGACAACUACCAUGGUCGAGGAACGAUCAGAGGUGUUGUUAUGGAACAUAUUGCCACGGCUUGCAUCGUUCAGGCGUUUCUGUCGUUGCUGCAUUGCGAUUUGGUAGGGCUGAGGAGUUGGCAUGGGUAUAUUGUCAUCCUUUUGGGCCUUAUUAUGGUUAUUUUUUCUUUCUGAUCAUUUGGGCUUGGUUUGAUGAAUGAUACCUUGGUUCGGGGCCCCUCUGGAGGGGCUCGGGACAUGACGGAAUAGCAUGAGGGCGCAUUAUACUGGGGAUACGAGCAUUGAGAACUCAGAGUUGCAUAAAGCAAGGUGUGCAUGAUCAGUUAGAUUGGAUUGGACUUUUAUGAAUUACGUAUAAUACGAGGAAUGGCAACACUAGCAGUUGAGUUACGUUGAGUCUCAUAAUUUGGCUCCAGAGAAUGUUGUAUCGUCUCGUCUCAUCUCGUCAACUAUAACAGCCAUA